UUCGAAUAAACUUCGAAAUUUUCAUAGCAACGAUUUGUGCAUAGCGCAUUUAACAAAACGGUGUAGUGGAAUUCACACAAAUUGCUGUUGACAGUGAAUAUAACUUGACCAAUAUUUGCAUUCCGUGUGUCAAUAAAAUUGGUAUAUAUUUGCAUAAUGGAUAUUGAAGUAUUGUCAACAAGUGGCUCCAAAUCUUUUGGAAGAUGUCAAGUUCCGGCCAAUACUACGGUUGGCGAUUUAUGUUAUAUUAUACAUAAACAAUUCCGAAGCACACCGGCACCGGAGCGACAGUCCUUACGAUUGGAGCCUCGUGGCAAAGCGCUCAAGGAAACUGAUACAUUGGAGUCGGCUAAUGUAGGAAAAUCUAAUAAAGUUUACAUUAAAGAUCUCGGUCCACAAAUUGGAUGGAAGACAGUAUUUUUGGCUGAGUACGCAGGUCCUCUUUUCGUUUACCUUAUCUUCUAUGGACGUCCCAGUUUUAUCUAUGGUGAAGCAGCAGAUACACCAAUUUCAUUAACGGCACAUAUCGCAGCUGGUUGCUACAUUGUGCAUUAUGUUAAGCGAGUUUUGGAGACUAUUUUUGUACAUCGCUUCUCGCACGCAACUAUGCCCAUUCGUAAUCUGUUCAAAAACUGCAGUUACUACUGGGGCUUCACCGCAUACGUUUCCUACCACGUCAAUCAUCCGUUGUACACCAGCCCCUGUUGUCUCCAAGUUUGGGGUUCUCUGGCUGCUUUCGCGAUAUGCGAAUUAGGCAACUUCUCAGUUCACAUUGCUCUACGCAACUUGCGCCCACCUGGCACAAAAGUGCGCCGAAUUCCCGUCCCUGAUAGCAAUCCCUUCACCAAAUUGUUCAAUUUGGUUUCUUGCCCUAACUACACAUAUGAGAUUGGCUCGUGGGUGGCAUUCUCUCUAAUGACGCAAUGUCUACCGGCAUUACUCUUUGCAAUUGCUGGUGCUUAUCAAAUGACAGUAUGGGCUUUAGGCAAGCACCGCAACUACAGGAAGGAGUUCAAUGACUACCCGAAAGGGCGCCGUGCCAUCUUUCCGUUCGUGCUUUAAAUUUCUGACAGUAAAACAUUAUUGCAAAUAUGAACAAUAUGUUAUGCUAACAUAGAACAUUUCCAUUGCAAUAUAUUUAUUGCAUUCAAAUUUAUAUAAAACAUUUGAACAAACUAAUAUUUAAUUGUCAUAGGUGUUAGAUUUAUUCUUACUCCGGUGUAGUCAAUGCAUAUGCGAAUAUGUAUGUCGUGUCGAUACAUAUGCUUAAUCAAUUGAUAACAAAUAAUAAAAUGUGUAGUGGUUUUGAGAAUGAAA